AUGCCGCUUUUUACUGAUCCGGAUCGCCGACAGGAGAGCCGAUGGUCCGGGGAUCACGACCUUGAAUCACCUGCCCCAGGGUCUCCUCUGACCCCGGCAGGCAGGUUCAGCCACGGCCAGAGAGAGAGCCCGGUGGUAGCAGAAACAGCGGCGGCACCGAUCCAGCCGACGACAUUGAAUCCGCUCAAGCUGUGGACAAAUGAACGCGAGGAACUCAUUCAUCGAAUUAAGGAGUCGUCGCCUUGGAGGCUGCAGCGUGGGUCACCAGAGGUCUCACACAACAGUGGGAUGCCGCAUAAUUCGACCGAGUUAAAGACUGUGGAGGAGCAAGCGCCUGAAUGGCAACACCCAAAGGUAUCAGAGGAACUGGAAUCCCCGGCCGACAUCCAGAGACCCCGCUCUGCGUUGCAUUCGGGCGACUUCAGCGAAGGCGCCACACCAGAUCCUCCACAGUCCCCUCAGGCUCUCUUCGCUGAGCGAAGAAAAGCAUCUCCUUUCCCUCUCCUCGGCACCUCCCCGACUACUCCAUGGUUUGGCCCGCCGGCUUUUCCGACACCGUUGCGCAGGCCAAAUGCGCUUGGUGAUUGCCACGAAGGGAGAGUAGCAGUGGAAACUCGCUCCAGAGCACCAUCUAUGGGAUCGUUCUCGUCAAGUUACGUUCUCAAAACUCCGACGAGUCCUCUGGUCCACCAGGCCAACAACACCGACCUGGACUUCUCCCCACAGGUUGAUGUCGUGGAAGUUCCUGGGCCUUCUGAUAGGACGAAUCGCCGCCGAACGCUGCCCCCGGAGACCUUUCGACAUCUGGAAUCGUCGCCUCCGGCUUCACGGGUCGUCAAUCCUCGCGGCCCCUGUCCGCCCGGAAGACGGGAAGAUCUCUUCCCUCUCCAGCCUAGUUCUCCUCGUCGGUCAUUGACUUCGGCAUACAGUCUUCAACUUGCAUCACCGGGGCAGAACCCCAUCUCGCGUGCGAGAAGGCCAUCUCUCACCUCGGAUAUCUCCGCCAAACCCCAUGCCCCGCUGGUGGGGUCAUAUGAGGAAUCGAUUCUUCGGGGGCGCAUGUCAAUGAACCCUUCCAAACCGCUGGAUUUCACAGCCCAAAUUGGCGUGCUGGGCAAAGGCAAAUGCAAAGCCCAUUUGAAGUGUCCGCCGCAUGUGACUGUGCCUUUCCCCGCCGUUUUCUAUAGCUAUCCGACCUCGGGAAGCGGGCGCUCUAUCUCGGACGACAACCCAAGUCCGUACGUUGGGCAGAUCGAUCUAGAGAACUCUCUACCCAGAGAUGAGUUGAAUACAACCCGGCGUCGUAAACGACGCGCCAGUCCAGCCACAGUUCGCAAAGACCAUGCCGCAGAAGACGUGAGCACUCGAAUCCUCAAUGCAGACACGAUCCGUCGUCGGGGAAAGAAGAGCCGCCGCGCGGAGUCGCCCAAGCGUCCUCCGGGAGGGUGCUACCGGAUCCCGCAGCAGGGCCAACUGCAGAUCAUGAUCAAGAACCCGCACAAGACCGCCGUCAAAUUGUUCCUCGUCCCAUACGAUCUGAGCGACAUGGAGCCCGGAACCAAGACAUUCAUCCGGCAGCGAAGCUACUCGGCGGGGCCGAUCCUUGAUAUGCCGCUGAAUGCCCGAAAGAACUUCGGCACUGACCGUCCAGAAGCAUCAUUGAAUAUCUCCGAAGACCCGAAGGAUAAACCUGUCCUGCGAUAUCUCGUCCAUCUGAACGUCUGCUGCCCCGCGCGCGGUCGCUUCUUCCUCCAUUCGAGCAUUCGUGUGGUCUUCGCAAACCGAGUCCCCGACGGCAAGGAGAGCCUGCGCAAUGAGAUUCAACUGCCGGAACCCCGCUAUAGUCCAUACAAACCUUCUCGAGACUCUACGCUCCUUGGGUCCGUCGGUGCUCGUACGGCGAUUGAAAAUGCCUCCCGCAGACGGAGUGCCGGCCAUGGAACAAUCCCACCCCUUCUUCGUCCGCAUGUCUCCUCGCCAAGUGAUCCCCCGCCGCAGUGGGAUGUACCGGGUUCCGCGCACUUCGCGCAGAACAAUCCCAAGUCCUCCGAUGGUAAUAUGUAUAGCAAACUCAAUAAAGGGGAUGUCGGGUACGGAGGCUAUCCCUUCCCAGCGUUGGGCGAAGGUUCUGAAAUCCCUGAGAGUUUACUUGCCAAACGGCUUCGAGGCUUAGAUGUGCACAAGCACGAUCUGGAGCGUCAGGGCCAGGGCACGAAGCCGAGUACAUCUACUCGGUAA